ACGAGAUCUUACUUAAGCUUCCCAUUUCUCUCUCUAUAAUCAGUUGUUAUACUUUCUCUAAAAACAUCAAAGCUGAAACUCCUGUUUUUCUGAUUUUAGUUUCCAUCUAACUUCUCAAAAUGUCAGACCUACACUCCCUCCCCUCAGGCUCAAGACCAGAGAAAGCAAUCCGCAACAACGGACCUGAUAACUUAGUUCUCGAGCGAUACAAACUCCGUGAGCUAGCAGAAGGAUGGCCUUGCUACCGCGACGCAUGCGAAUGGGAGAACCUGAAAUCCAUCUUCCACCCAAGCGCCUACAUCUACACAACCUGGACCGGGCGAACACACUACCAGGACUUCAUUUCCGCUUCUCAAGCAGGCAUGGAUAAGGGAGCCUUCAUCAUGCAUCGGUGUCACGGGACCACAACCGACAUCUCCCCCGACGGGAAGAGAGCAGUGACGAAAAUGAAAGCUACCAUUACGCAGCGAUUUGAGAUCCAGGGGUGCGAAGUGGAUGCCGAGAGCGAUUGUAGAUUUUGCUUCUUCUGGCAGAAAGAAGAGAACGGGGAUUGGAAAGCAAGGUUUGUGAGGCAUUGGUAUGAGAAGGAUAAACUUAUUGCUGUUAAUCCGGCGAAGGUGCCGGUUUUGGAUGAGGAGAGAUUAAAGGGGUAUCCGACGGGGUAUCGCUAUUUGGCGUAUUGCCAAGAGGAGACGAUGGGUGUGGUGGUUAUGAGGGAUAUGCCAGGACAUAGGAGGGAGGCCAGAAAUAUGAAUGGGAAAAAACAUGAUGAGCUUUAUUGGCUUUGUAAGAAGUGGGUCGAGGGGGAAGAGGUGGAGAUUUGAGAGUGAGUGAGAGAGAACAGACUUGAAAAACUGCCCUUUUGAAGGAAUGAAAAGAUAUCUGUAUCCGUC